GCAGUAGCGACGUCGCUGGCACGCAAACACUUUAUUCUUUUUUUCUUAGCAACUCACGAGCUAGCGGACGCCGAACGUUAAAUAUGGUUCACGUGAAGUUCCUGGUGCUGAGUGCAGUAAUGCUGGCCGCGGUGGUCGCGACCCCGCCACGCAAAUAUAACAAACGCGAAGCACCGCUAAGUUCUUCUUAUCUGCCACCCUCGAGCGGUGGUGGAGGCUACGGUGGUGGCCGCCCCUCAUCGAGCUAUGGACCACCCAGCCGCCCGUCUUCAAGCUACGGUGUACCAUCGCGACCAUCUGCCAGCUACGGUCCACCGAGUCGCCCCUCAUCCAAUUACGGACCUCCUCCUAAGCCCUCUUCGAGCUAUGGCCCGCCUUCAUCGAGCUAUGGCCCUCCUUCAUCGAGCUACGGCGCCCCAGCACCUCCUUCAUCUAGCUACGGAGCUCCUGCCUCUCGUCCCUCGUCCAGCUACGGAGCACCUAAGCCUAUAAGUAGCUACGGUGCCCCCGCCAGACCACCGGCGACUAGCUACGGCGUGCCGACCGGACCAUCUACUACCUACGGUGCACCGAAACCGUCGAGCAACUACGGCGCCCCCAAACCAUCCAGCUCCUACGGGGCACCCGCACCUUCUAGUUCAUAUGGUGCUCCAUCUCCUUCUAGCUCUUAUGGUGCCCCUGCUCCUGCACCGUCUAGUUCAUACGGUGCUCCAGCCCCCUCGACCUCGUAUGGUGCUCCUUCAUCAUCAUAUGGUGCGCCUGCCCCGUCGUCCUCCUACGGUGCCCCCUCUGGCGGCAGUGGAUUCGGAAGUAGCGGAUCUGGAGCAUUCGGAAGUAGUGGUUCAGGUGGAUUCGGCAGUAGCGGCUCCGGGGGAUUUGGCAGCAGCGCUUCAGGAGGAUUCGGCGGUAGCGCGCCCUCUUCCAGUUACGGCGCCCCAUCUCUUCCAUCCAGCUCUUAUGGCGCACCAACCCCGUCCAAUUCGUACGGUGCGCCCGCUCCCUCUAGCAGCUAUGGAGCCCCGAGUGCUGGUGGUUUCUCUUCCGGUGGCUCCAGUGGCUUUUCCAGCGGCGGCGGCUCUAGCGGGUUCUCGUCUGGAGGAUCAGGUGGUUACUCUGGAUCAGGCGGCUAUUCUAGCGGCGGAUCUGGUGGUUAUUCUAGCGGUGGUUCUGGUGGUUACUCUAGCGGCGGAUCCGGCGGUUACUCUUCCGGUGGAUCGGGCGGCGGUUACUCCGGCGGCUACUCGUCCGGCGGGCACAGUUCCGGUGGACACAGUUCUGGUGGUGUUCCCGCCACUAUUAACCAGAGCUAUGACUCCAACGGCGGCUACGUGUACUAGACUAAUCCCAUUCAGAUUCGUUCUUUAGAUUGGAACUUAUAGUCAGUGUUAAGUAACGCAUCUUGUUAAGAGAUGUUAAGCGUUCGGUUAAGUAUUCACGUACUACGAUCGAAUAUGUUCGAUGUUGUCGAGCUUUAACCAUUGAGAGGAUCACAUUAAUUUCCCGCAAUUCGGUGUACAUAAUUACCACGUGUAGUCGAUGCGUGUAUCGCAGGCGAGUCACUUUCUGUCUCUCUAUUUAUUUGAGCCCGUUGUGUCAACUUUUUAAAGUCAUGAACCUUGUGACUUAACAAAAGUUUUAAAUUUAUGUAUUUAAUUAUAAUGAUAUACUGUACAAAAAUUAGAUUAAGUACCUACUGAAAAAUAAUUUUGUAUAAAUUAUAUUUUUUGUAAAUAAG